AUGUUGUUUUCUUCCGCCCUUACCACUGUCGCCCUGCUCGCAGCAGAGGCAGCCGCUCACGGUGCUGUCACCAGUUACGUUAUCGCCGGCACGAAGUACCCCGGCUACCAGGGUUUCUCGCCUACCUCUGACCCUGUUAUUCAACGCCAGUGGCCGGACUACAACCCCACGACAUCCGCCACCGACAGCAAGCUCCGCUGCAACGGAGGCACAUCGGCCAAGCUGUCGGCGAGCGUCCAGCCGGGCGAUUCGGUGCAGGCCAUCUGGAGCCAGUGGACGCACUCACAGGGCCCGAUCAUCGUGUGGAUGUACAAGUGCGCGGGGGACUUCUCAGCUUGCGACGGCAGCGGGUCGGGCUGGUUCAAGAUCGACGAGGCCGGAUUCCACGGCGACGGCAAGACCGUGUUCCUGGACACGGAGACGCCCAGCGGCUGGGACAUCGCCAAGCUCGUCGGCGGCAACAAGGGCUGGACGAGCACGAUCCCGCAGGGCCUCGCGUCCGGCAACUACCUGAUCCGCCACGAGCUCAUCGCGCUACACCAGGCCAAGGCGCCUCAGUGGUAUGCUGAGUGUGCGCAGAUCACGGUGGCGGGCUCCGGCACGGCCCAGGCCAGCGCCAGCCAGAAGGUCGCCAUUCCUGGAUAUGCUAAGCAGACUGACCCAAACAUCAGCUUUAACAUCAACGACCACACUCUUCCUCAAACGUACACGGUCCCCGGUCCUGCAGUUUUCAAGGGAACUGGAGCCUCUAAGAAGGCUAGGCACUUCAUCGCAUAG